AUGGACAACUUCACCUACCUGGGCAGCAACCACUCCCGCACCACCAAGAUCGACGAUGAAUUGGCCCGCCAGAUCUUCAAGGCCAGCCAAAACUUCGGCCGUCUGCAAAGCACAGUCUGGAAUCGCCACGAUCUGCACCCCAAUACCAAACUGAAGAUGUGCAAGGCAGUCAUCCUACCAACGCUGCUGUAUGACGCGGUGACCUGGACGGUGUACAAGAAGCAGGCACGAAGACUCAAGCACUUCCACCUCAGUUGUCUGCUACGGAUAUUGAAGCUGAGGUGGCAGGAUCGGAUCCCGGACACGGAUGCACUGGGGCAGACGGGAAUCCUCAGCAUGUACGCCAUGCUGAGACGGCUGCAACUGCGUUGGAGCGGUCACCUCGCGCGAAUGGCCGACGAGCGGCUAAGCAAACGGCACUUCUACGGAUAUGUCGCCACCGGUUCCCGCCGACAAGCAGGUCAAGUCCGGCGUUACAAGGAUACUCUGAAGACUUCUUUGGAGCGUCUGUAG